UGGUGAGGGAGACCUGGGGUGGUGGUGGUGGUGGUGAGGCAGACCCUGAGGUGGUAGUGGUGAGGGAGACCUGGGGUGGUGGUGGUGGUGAGGCAGCCCUGGGGUGGUGGUGGUGGUGAGGGAGACCUGGGGUGGUGGUGGUGAGGGAGACUGGACGAUGGCCAUGUCCGCGGAGCGGGUGAGACGGUGGCUCGCCUCCACGUGGCACGUGACGGUGCCGGCAGAGUGGCUGGCCGCCUGCCUGGACUGGCUGGCGCAGGACAACGCGGGCCGGACCCUGUCCCCGUCGGAAGUGAACCGGCAGGUGUUUGAGCAGUGGCUGCUCACCGACCUGCGAGACAUGGCCCUGCCGGUGCUGCCUACAGGCAUGGGAGAGGUGCUCACCACCACGCUGGGUGGAUACUACGCCCUGCAGAUGGAUUCUCUGGUGGACGUGAGCCAGCCCAUGUACGCGCAGCUGCAGAAGCUGCGGGGCCGAGACACAAGCAAUGAGCAAGUGACAGCUACUCCCAGGCCACAGCAGCCGUGGGAGGUGAAAGCCGGGAGGAUGUUGCUGCUGCAGCUGACGGACGGGGUGCAGGAGAUCCAGGCGAUGGAGUACCGCCCCAUCCCCACGCUCCACCCGCUCCUCCCGCCCGGCACCAAGCUGCUCGUGUCGGGCCGCGUGCCGUGCCGCCUCGGGGUGCUGCUGCUCGAGUCGGCGCACGUGUCGCUGCUGGGCGGGGAGGUGGAGGCGCUGGUGCAGGAGAACGAGCCGAAACGCCUCCUCGCACGCCUCAUCGGAGAGCCAGAGUCGGCGCCAACUCAGCAGCAGGAUCAGCAGCAGCAGCAGCAUCACCAGCAAGACGUUCACAUGCAGAACGGCGCCAGCGACGCCGACUUCCCGGAUGAUUUCUCCGAUGACUUCCCCGUGGACGACCUCCCCGAUAACAACGACCUGAACCUGCAGGGAAUGGCCGGAAAUUCACCGGCACAACCGCAGCCGCCACCACCGCAGCAGCGUCAACAGCAGCACCAGCAGUACCAGCAGUACCAGCAACAGUACCAGCAGCAGUAUCAGCAGCAGCGUCAGCAGCAGCAGCGUCAGCAGCAGCCGGUCGUUGCUAAGGAGCCCAGUGCCGCGUUGGAGCACGACUGGGCCAUGGAUGAGUGGGAUGCGGAACUGGAGCCGGAGCCGGAGCCGGCAUCUCUCAGCGCCGAGCCGGCCGGAAAAACCCUGCGGGAGAAACAGGCGCCAAGCUGUGGCACGGUGGAGCAAGUCGCUCCGCAGCACGGGAGGGACGUGGGGGUGUCUGCUCCGGAGCGCUGUGGCUUCGUGCCCCCCAUCAAGAGGCCGCGCCCCGGCCCCCCACCCACAGUUACCAGCAGUAGCAGCAGCGGCAUCGGCAAUAUCAGCAGCAGCUGCAGCAGCGUGGGUCUGCACUCUCCGCCCUUCACCUACCUAAGCCGGGUGCUGAGUACCCGCCGCCCGGCACAACGCAUCCAGAUCACCGUCAAGGGGUUUGUAGUGACGCUACUGGGCCCCCUGCAGACCCGGCGUGGAGCGUGGAGCGUGCGUGCGCGCAUCACGGAUGGGACGGCCUUCACUGAAGCAACCUUCAGCGACCACGUCCUGACCCAGCUGAUGGGAUUCAGCGUGGACAAGAUGAAGGUGCUCAAGAGGGAUCCAGCUUGCGCGAAGACGAUCACACAGGCCCUGGAGCAGUGUCGGCGGCGGCUGGUGGACCUAUGCUGUCUCAUGGAGCUGGAGUUUGGCGCGGCGGAGGGUAGGGAGGCGGAGGGGGAGGCACCGCUGCUCGUGAGGCUGGAGGAGGUGACGCCAGAACACGUGGAGCAGCUGCGGAGCCGCAUCGGGCUCGUGUGAGCAAGGACGCUGGCGCAUACAAAGACAGGUCCCCCGCGUCAGCCGACUGAAGCCGGUGGGGCAAGUGCUGUUGGUGAGAACCUCCGAAGGCUGGCAAGGCGCAUGCAAGGGAAUGGUGUGGCCAGCACCGCACCCGGCCGCGUGGUGCCGAGUCAACCUCGGGCAGUGGCCCUGGACUAAUAAUCGCACUUCGAUGUUGAUGAAGAGCAACAGCUGUAAUUUUACAUUGAGGUGGUUGAGCCGGAGUAAUGUGCAGUGAGGCAGCGCAUCGCUGUGAUGAUGCGGUCGAUGUUACAAGUUCCAUGGUUCUGUUCUGGGUGGUGACCGCAGGCUCUGCAUGCCACCCAUAGAAUUUUUUUGAAUCUUCCAUUUGUGCAUCAAGGGCCGAAACUGAUGCGUUGGCCGUGAGCGGGAAUCGGAACUCGGCAUGCCGGGUUUGGUGUAGCCAAGUAAACGAAACGGAGGAGUCGGCGACGGUGUUACGCGAAGGUGCGGAUGUGGAUUGUGCACGAGUUGGAGGAGGCUGUCGCUGCUCCUCUCCCAGCCGCUACCCCCAUCACGGUAACGAGUUUUUGUCAAGUGGUAACGAGUUUGUUCAUGUUAAGGAGAUGGUGUCAUUAACGAGUUUUAUCCAGGGUGAAGAAGUGGAAUCCAAGUCUCAGACCGAUCCCCUGUGUAGCCUGAACAGAAAACGUGCAAAUGCUGUUAGCGAGUAGCACGCGAGGGCCAACACACUACUGUGAGGGGUGGGUGGCCAGCAGCAUGGCUGGCCGCUUUCGUCUCCCCAAGGCUGAGUUGAUGUAAGGUAGGCCUGGGAAAUUAGUCACCAGUGAUGUCCGAGUAGGAAUUGGAACUGAUGGGUCGGGUUUGCAGUGCAGUGCGCUAACCACCACCACCACCACCAUUCAUAGGCUCCCAACCAAGCCUCUUCCCAUGGAGUCGGAGACAUUCAGAAAACCACGAUUUUAUUAUAAACAAAUUGUGUUUUACUUGGGAUA